AUGCCGUCGGUCAAAGUGGCGCCUAGCUUGUUGGCUUCUGACCUGGGAAAUCUCAGCUACGAAUGUAAUCGCAUGAUACGUUGUGGUGCUGACUGGCUCCAUAUGGAUGUAAUGGAUGGGCAUUUCGUUUCAAGUAUUGUGAUGGGACCGCCAGCCAUUGAAUCUGUGCGAAAGCAUGUACCUGAAGCAUUUAUGGACUGCCACAUGAUGGUGUCUGAGCCACUCAAGUGGAUCCAACCCAUCGCUAAUGCAGGAGGCUCUUCCUACACAUUCCACUUGGAAUCUACCAAUGAUCCAGUCGAGGUCAUACGGCAAAUCAAAGCGUCUGGCAUGCGAGCGUCAAUUGCCAUCAACCCAGGCACACCAGCAACGGAAAUUUCUGAUGAAAUUGCCCAUGCUGUAGACAUGAUCCUCGUUAUGACUGUAUGGCCUGGCGCGGGUGGUCAGAAGUUCAUUGCAGAGUGUGUGCCGAAGGUGGCUGAGCUCCGUGCACGAUAUCCUGAACUGGAUGUUGAAGUCGAUGGCGGCGUUGGUCCCAAGACGAUUUGUGCGUGCGCAAAUGCAGGUGCCAAUGUCAUUGUUGCUGGUACAGCCGUUUUUCGCGAUUCCAAGCCUGAUGCUGUGAUCCAGUACCUUCGAGAGCAGUGUGAACAGGCACAAGAACGCAUUCGCACUGAGCGUGAACAAAUUCUUCGAGGGGAAAAUAUCGCAGGUGCCGGAAUCGCACACUCUAUGACGUAUUUAUCUGGUGACAAGGACGCGUGGAAUUACCCACGUGCUUAUAUGUCGACGCCUAAGUAG